AUGAAGGUCUCAUUAUCAACACCAUUCUCUAGCAUACCAUUAUGGGCUUUGCUUGUGGUAGUUUCAGUAUCAGCAUUCAUUGUUGUGACGUGCAUCAUCUUGUGCUUUUGCUUCAUGUAUUAUCCUCGUAAAAAACCAUACAAACCUUUUUCUUUACCUAAAUCAAUAGCUUGCAAGCACCACAGUGGUGAUUUUAGCUCAUCCUCUCUUGACAAGAGGUUGCUAUCAGCAUCAGGGAAUGUCUCAGAACACAGUAUGAACUUUGAAAAGUUGUCAUCAGGUUAUUACAAUCACGAUUUGUUGAUACGUGGUCAAAAUUCAAAUGAUUGGUAUUUGGAAGGUUUGGGAUCAAAAGGUAAGUUAUGUUCCACGUUCAAUGAUAAGAGUAAGGGGUGGAACUUUAGCCUUAAGGAGAUAGAGGAUGCUACUAAUGGAUUUGCUAAAGAUAAUGAAGUUGGAAGUGGAGAUAAUGGGAUUGUUUAUCUUGGCUUGUUACCAAGUAAUAGACAAGUUGCAGUGAAGAGACUAGUAUGUAACAGUCACCAAUCAGAUGAACUUUUUGCAUCCCAAAUGGAAGCAAUUGGACUAGCAAAGCACACUAACCUAGUCAAAUUAUUUGGAUAUUGUGCAGAGGGUGCUUACAGGAUGACAGUAUCUGAAUAUGUAGAACAUGAAAGUCUGCAUCAUUGA